AUGGUUCCACAACCACACACCGCCCCUCCUCCCCUCCAACCCGCCAACCCGCCAACCCCGAAGAAAUCACGCCUCUACUCGGAGGAGACGCAGAAUCAUGGUCCUACCAACUUUCCUAAACACGUGAAACGUGCCGAGGUCAGAGGCGGCAGCAAGACGAACUCAGGCGCUCCAAUCCGGGGCCUGGUUCGAAUCCCAACCCGGCCACUUACGACCCCACCCCUGCGUCUGCACAAUGGGGUCAGGGCCAGACAGCCCCAGAGGCGCCCAGGGGUCGGCUGUCCACCCCAGCUGCCCGGAUCCUGGCCCGACUCUCCAGACGCGUCUGGGGGCCCUACGGCUCCUCGCCCCUCCCUCGGCAGCCUUGGGGGCAGGGGGGGAAGGUCGUCGCCCACCCACGGGGUCCCUCCCCCACCGGAGCUCCGACUCCUUCCUUUCCCCCACACUCCGCCGAGGUCCGUAAGAUGCUUUGAGAUCCCUCCGUCGAAAAGCGGCUGGGACACCGCAGCUCAGUGGCCGGGAUCGGGGCCCCGCGAGCCCCCGCCCACACGCGCCCCCAUACCGGAAAAGCCUUGGGCCACCUUCCAGUCCUGGCCGGAAGUAGGAAGUGCUUCUCGAGUGUACCGAGAAAUACUUCCCCCUCGGAAGCGCUAUAACCCCCUCCCCUCCACCCCUCCCACGAGAGUUGCCGGGACUCUCCCGGGGCCAAGGGCGAGAAAAUAUCGUUCUAGGGGCAUCGGUGUGAUAGCGGCUACCCCAGAGAAGCAAGGCCAGGGCUGA